AUGCAGUCCGGAAUAUCAGCGUCUGCGCAACUGCACGAUGCAUUCACACGCUUCACCUCGGACACGGCGUCCCUCUUCGCGCUCCCGAUCACGAUCACCCAAGAGUCCCUGACUCCUCUCGACGCCGUCCCGUUUUCUUCCUCGUCGGCGACAUUCUCCUCCAGCCUAUCUAGUCUCGACUCGCUGCUCACGCCGACGACGCCGCUCUUCCUCCUCCUCCGCCGGGCGCCGUCGUCCCCGUCCCUCGUCGCGGUGACGUACAUACCCUCUCGGGCGGCGGUGCGGCAGAAGACGCUGUUCGCGUCGACGCGCGCCACGCUGGUCCGGGAACUCGGCGGCGAAAAGUUCGACGAGACCGUCUUCCUCACGGAGCGGGAAGAGAUUCUCGACCCGGCGCAGUGGGGCGAGAGGGCCGCACCGCCUGCGUCUGCCUCCUCAGCCGACGGUGGGGGUGGCGGCGGCGGCGGCGACGUCGGCCUGCUGAGCACCGAGGAGCGAGAACUCCAGGCCGUCAAGCGCGCCGAAGAGGAAGAGCGCCACGGCACGCGAGGCCGGGAUCUCAUGGGCGAAGGCGGCAGCGGGGGCGUGAUCGGCUCUCGCGGCGGCCGCGACAUGUUCAUGAACAUCACCGACGACGCGCGCGAUGCCCUGCGUGCCGCGGCGGACGGCGCCGAAGGGUACACCGUGCAACUGGGCAUCGAGGUCGCCACCGAAACCAUCACGUUGAUCGCGAGGCACGACGCCGUGGGUGUGCCGGCGCAGGUCGUCGCGCUGAUCCCGACCGACCGUCCGAGUUACACCUUUUACUCGGUCCCCGGCGGCGCCGUGUUCAUCUACGUCUGUCCUGGCGUGAGCAAGGUCAAGGAGCGCAUGGUCUACGCCAGCUCGCGGAGGGGCUUGCUGCACAUCGCCGAGGGCAACGGCGUCAAGGUCUUGAAGAGGCUCGAGGCCGGGGACCCAGAUGAGUUGGACGGCCGGCUGGAGGAGGAAGUCAGGAGUUUGAGGGUCGGCGCUGGAGAAGCGGGUGACGCCGACGAUGAUAACGCCGCGGCCUCGGCGCCAGGCUCUGGCACCGCUACGCCUAGAGGUGGUGGUUUCGCGAGGCCGAAGAGGCCAGGUAGAAGAUGA